UGAGUGGAAAGAAGAAAUGGCAGGCAAACAACUCCACCCCCUCUCCACUCCCGUCCCGUUCCGUUGAGAAAUCUACUGAGAUUGUCAUCGGCGAGCUUCAUCCAGCGACUGCUCCUCCGCUCCGAAAUCUGAACCGAAAAACAACGACAUUAAAACUAUACCUGAAGUUCGCCUGUGGCUUUUCAGCUGAAAACAGCUUGUCUGUCUUCUAUCAGCAGGAAGAGACGACAGACUGUGAACAAACCUCGUCAUGAACUGGGCAUUCCUCCAGGGCCUCCUCAGCGGGGUGAACAAGUACUCCACAGCCUUCGGCAGAGUGUGGCUCUCUAUUGUGUUCGUCUUUAGGGUCAUGGUGUUUGUGGUGGCAGCGGAGAAGGUAUGGGGAGACGAACAGAAAGACUUCAAAUGCAACACGGCUCAGCCUGGGUGCCACAACGUCUGCUAUGACCACUUCUUCCCUGUCUCCCAUGUGCGGCUCUGGGCCCUGCAGCUCAUCUUCGUCACCUGCCCCUCGCUGCUGGUGGUGAUGCAUGUAGCCUACAGGGAGGACCGCGAACGGAAACACAAGCUCAAGUAUGGCGAGAACUGCCGCCGUCUCUACCAGAACACCGGCAAGAAGCGAGGAGGCCUGUGGUGGACCUAUGUCCUCACUCUGCUCUUUAAAAUAGGUGUGGACGCCACCUUUGUCUACCUCCUGUACCACAUCUACGAGGGCUAUGACUUCCCAUCGCUCAUCAAGUGCGAGCAGAAGCCCUGUCCCAACAAGGUCGACUGCUUCAUCGCUCGGCCUACUGAGAAGAGGAUCUUCACUAUCUUCAUGGUGGUCACCAGCUUAGCCUGCAUCCUCCUCUCCAUUUUUGAAAUCCUCUACCUGGUUGGCAAGCGCUGCCGCGAGUGUUUCACCGCAGUCCACCACUCUUGCCACAUCAAUACCAACACAAUGUCCAGUGGGAGCAACCUGAUGGAGUCCAAUACUAUAAAGGGCAAAAACACCCCGGAAACACCUGCACCCUCAUACAGUGUUGCCAUAUCUUGAGAUACUGAGAAUUUAAGUGAGAACUUAAUGGCAAACAAAAGUAUGAGGAAAGGAAAGAUGUCUCUCCUCACUCCACAGACACUUCCUUAAAGACUUGUAAGCAGAAAUAUGUCUACUCAGAGACUGAACUAAGGAGUUAGUUCCUUAAUGUUUAAGAAUUUAAAACCCUGGACUACAGGAUACAUGUGUCAUUGAUCAGGAAUGUGUGCACUGUUGUGGGUUUUUUUAUAACAGAGAUUUUUACUGAUGAAGUUCCUUACAAACAUUAAAGCUGACUUUGCUGCUGCAGUGCCAGAUUCAGCCUUGAUUUCAACUACAUGAGUCACUCCAUGGUUUGGAGUGUAUGGUUUUACAAACACAUGUGGUUUUCUGUGUAAGAUUUUCCCUCUGCUCAAGCCCAGCCUCAGAAUGUUUACUUCAAACCGUACUGAGUCUUUUCCCAUCACUCAGAUGUUCAUAUUGGGACUCUCUGUGAACUUUAUACUUUUUAUAAUUUAUCAAAAGGUUUGAGAGGUUGUGCUGUUGUGAAUGUUACUGUCCUUAUUAUUUAAACUACUUGCUGUGUAGAGUGCAAAGAAAUGCAGUUUUGCAAACGCAGUUGUUAAUAAUAUGAGGAUGUGCACAGCACUGAGGUGCAACAUGGUUGUAUAUCUGUUUAUGUUUUUCAUUAAAGAUUGUUAUUUUUG